AUGGUGGUGAAGGGCGCCCAGAUGACGGGUGGCGUGGGUGGCGUCGCCGCGACCGGUUCCGGAGCCGACGACGGUUUGUCCGACGCGUACGCCAAGAUGACCGCCGACAUACUGGCCGAACGGUCGCUGGGCGACUUCCUGUCCGAACACCCCGGCGAGCUGGUCCGGACCGGCAGCCCGUUCCUGGUGUGUACCAUACUCCCCACGCACUGGCGGUCCAACAAGACACUUCCGGUAGCGUUCAAAGUGGUGGCGCUAGGCGAAGUUCCGGACGGCACGGCCGUCACCAUACGCGCAGGCAAUGACGAGAACUUUUGCGCGGAGUUGCGCAACUGCACCGCCCUGAUGAAGAACCAGGUGGCCAAGUUCAACGAUUUGCGGUUCGUGGGCAGGAGCGGAAGAGGCAAAAGUUUUACGCUGACCAUAACUGUGAGCUGUUCGCCCCCGCAAGUUACCACUUACAAUAAAGCCAUCAAAGUCACUGUGGAUGGACCUAGAGAACCUCGUUCUAAAACAAGUAAGUAA